AUGGAGGAAUCAAAUUAUCUAAGUACUUUGAGUAUUGAUGAAUUAUAUGGACAUUUACUAGUAUAUGAACAAAGAAUGAAAGGAUACCAAGUGGAGGAACAUGUGUUAAAAGUGUCUCAUGACGAUCGAUCAAAUAGAGGUAGAGGUCGAGUUGUAUUCAGAGGUGGGCAUGGCAGAGGUAGAGGGAUACAACCUACAAACAAAGCAGUCAUUGAAUGUUUUAAAUGCCACAAAUUAGGACAUUUCCAAUAUGAAUGUCAUGACUCGGAAAAGAAAGCUAACUAUGAUGAAUUAGAAGAAGAGGAACUUUUGUUGAUGUCAUAUGCAGAUAUUCAUCAAGAAAAGAAAGAAGAGAUAUGGUUCCAGGAUUCAGGCUGCAACAACCACAUGACGAGAAACAAAGAGUGGUUCUCUGAAUUAGAAGAAAAUUUCAAUCGAACAGUGAAGUUUGGAAAUGAUACGAGAAUGGUGGUAGUAGCAAAAGGGAGUAUAAAUGUGCAAAUAAAUGGCAUAAUCCAGGGCAAAUUUGUUGAAGAAAUAAAGCAAGAUAUUUUGGAGUGGGGAGAUGAAGAAGAUAUUGUGGUUGAUCGAAAUGAAGAACUUGGUGAAACAAGCACAAAUAAUUUGAGCAACAGUCCUGGAAAUUUCAACAAUUCCAGUAUCUCUAACAGUAUGUCCAACAAGUCAAAUAGUCUGACAGUUUCACCUCUAAAUGAGCCAGGUUCUUAUGAUAACGAAUCGGUUGAAGGGAGGAGCAUGCGAGGAACAAGAGAACCAAUAUGA